CGUUGAAACCGACUCGCGUUCAAACUUCCGGUGUUUGAUACGUAAAUCGACACCUGCGCGGAGGGGGGCGGGGCUUAGGCGGCUCGAGAGCGGAUCUCUGUUAAGGUGUGGUCUGGACUGUUUUUAUGAGCUCGAGCAGUUUCAGGUGAAACACUUCAGGUGAAGAGACGGAGCAGAGAGGAGGAAGACUGUACGACAGGUGAGUCUCUGACUGAAACUCAGUGAGGAUUAAAAAAGCUGGAUAAUUCUCACCUGUUGUAAAGUUGAGGACAGGUGUGCUGCUAGUUUUAUCUCCCUAAUAUCGCAUCUGUUGCUAGUGUAAACACAAAAGGAGAAUUCCGUUAUAAAGUGUGACUGCUUUUUGAUGAAAAUGCUAAAAAAAUAUGACCGUGUUUGUUAGCUUCAGCGUUGUUUGGUCCAGUCAUGAGCUUUUGUCAAUCUACCUGAAAAUAAAUGAGGUGAUUGUAGUUAAGAGGAGGAAUGUUCCGGUUUCACAGCUGCAGUCUGGCUUUGUGUAAAAGUCGGUUUAAAAUGUCAUGACUGUUGCAUGAUCUCAAAGCAAGAGAUAAACUGUCUAAUUUUAUCGUCUAUCUGCUAUUUUAUCUCCAAAAAAGAUGAGGGAAAGUUUUUUCUUAUAGGUAUUUUUAACAGUCUCAUCUUUGUACGUUUUGAACUCUAAUAAAGGACUGAAUUUAGUCCACUGUUGCCCCAUCUUUAUGUUAAAAAAUCAAACAUUUAAUCAGGAAAGUUAUCCAAUUUUAAAGACUCAUUUACACUGAAGUUAUUGCUGUUUCUAUUUGUCAUUUAUUUGUCCCUAAUGAUAAGAAUCUUCUUCCAGGUUCUCCCGACAGACGAGCAGACCAGAGGAUCCAGCAGAAAUGUCCUCCAGGCCAAACGGGAGUCCGCCUCCCUAUGAGUCAGAUGGAUAGUAAGUCUCAGGAGUGUAAACGUCUGACCAAUCCUGUUUUCAUGUUGACACAGUUAACCUUUAUGACCUCCUGGUAGUCCUGAAUUUUAACCUCUCCUGAAAAUUUGAUUAAUGGAGGACUGUUUGGUUUGAGUCCAGGUCAUAUUUGAUACAUUUAUAUACUUCUAUCAAAUCAAUAUGAUCAACAAAUUACUAAAAAACACCUGAAUACACCCUGAUAAAUGAUAAUAAUGUCCUCUUGUAGUUUAUCAGUUCCAAAAACAAUAAUGUAUCAAAUGAGAUAAAUAAAUAUAUUUGUUAAAUUUUAAGGACAUUUUGAUUUUUGUUUUUCAGUAGUAAGUAAAAUAAACAUUUUAGCUAAGUAAAAUAACAUUUUUCUGGUCAUAAUUUGUGGUUUCAGGCAUUAAAGGGUCAAAUUCACUUAUUUACAUUUCUUCUGUCUCCACAGUAACGCCCCCCCUCAGCCGGCGUAUUCCUACUACCCUGACGACGAGUUCCAGCACUUCUACCGCUGGACGUCUCCGCCGGGCAUCCUCAAAAUCAUGGCCAUCAUCGUGGUCGUGUUGUGCGUGGCCAUCUUUGCUUGUGUUGCCUCCACUCUGGCGUGGGACACUCAGGGGGCUCUGGGUGGUUUUGGGGGUAUAGGGUAUGGGGGAACAUAUGGGGGCACCUACGGUGGAGGGUAUGGAGGAGGCUAUGCCGGCGGUAGUAAUUAUGGAUCCUUUGGCGGUGGCGCAUAUGGAGCUGGAAACAAUUAUGGCUACGGUGGACUAGGAGGGAACUACAACGACCCCCGAAAAGGAAAAGGGUUCAUCAUCGCAAUGGCAGCCAUCACCUUCAUCGCGGCCUUGGUCAUCUUCAUCAUCAUCGUGUCUCAUCAGAGUCUAUCUCAGAGCCGGAAGUUCUACCUCGCUGUGAUUAUCAUCUGCGCCAUCCUGGCGCUGCUAAUGCUCAUAGCCACCAUAGUCUACUUGGUGGCGGUGAACCCCAUGGCUCAGUCAGCUGGAUCCGCCUAUGGAAGCCAGAUCGCCGGUCUCUGUGCCCAGUACCAACAACCGCAGCCUUCAGGAGUCUUUGUCAACCAAUAUCUGUACCACUACUGCGUGGUGGAGCCUCAGGAGGUGAACGGACGUCCAUCUUUAGAUCUUCUUCUCAGAGAAGGACGUUCACUGUUAGGUGGGUAACCCUUUUUUCUGUCUCAUCUCAGGCGAUCGCCAUCGUGUUUGGCUUCCUGGUCACCAUCGCUCUGAUCAUCAUGCUCGUCUUCGCCCUGAAGACUCGGCAGAAGAUCCAAAACUACGGGAAGAGCAACAUUUUGUGGAAGAAGGUGAAGGUGGUGGACGAGCUGGAGCCGCCUCAGGAUGUGGAGGCCUGGGUGAGUGACGCUAAAACGAGAAGUUGACGACCAAAAAUAUGAAUAACGAUUGUUUUGAUCAUGGCAUACACAGAAUUUAUACACCUCCUGAUCAGCACCAGGAGCUUCUUUGAUUGAUUUAUAAUUUUUAACUAGUUGAGUUGGUAUUUCUUGGUGUCUUUUUGGCACUUUUGGCAUUAUUUAUCAAUAUGACAUUUACAUUCUUGAUCAACCAAUCAACCUUUGAGUUUAUAAAAUGUGGAAAUAUCCAAAAAUUAGUCCAAAAGUUUCAUAAAUGACGAGUGUCCAAACCGGCCAAAGAUUUAAUAAGUUAAAGAUGAUACAUAGUUAUAAAACGAUCAACAAAAUCAGUAUGACUUCGACGUUUGGGGGAUCAUACACAAACUUUAACAUGAUUAUGAAUAUUAGAUUUGAUUUCUGUUCAGCUUUGGUUGGAUAAAUGAUGCUAGAUUCUGCGAACUGCUCCUUUUAAAUUGGCAUUUUGGGGGGUUUUACACUCUUAUUUGGACAAAACAGGACCUUUGAGGCUGGUCUGUGGUCAGUUUGAUCAGCAGUGCCUCUUACUUAAAACUAGAUUUGAGUUUUAGUACCAGGAUUUGAUUUUUAUUUAAUAACUUGAGUUUUCAACCGUCAAAAAAUAAAUAAAUAAAAAGAUCUAAAUGAAUUUUUGUCAGUUUUGUUUGAUCCUUAAUGCAAAUUAUUUGAUUUAAAUCAGACAAGAGAGAAAGAAAUGAGAAAAUUAACAUGUUUUAGAGGCUGAAAUCAAGAAGAUUGAAUAAGUUCGGUUAAAUUUAGGUUUAUGGUUCAGCUGCAGCUUAUCAAAACAAUCGACAUUAAAGAAUCAGGAACAGUGUUUAGUAUAAUUGUGUUUCCUUUGUGUGUCGGUGGACUCAUCUAUCUGUAAAGAAGUAAUCACAGCUGAUCUCAGGUGAGGUGAAGGUGUGUGCGGACAGGUGCUGGGAGAAGCAGCAGCAGCAGCACAGAUGUCGAGUUUGUGUGUCGGCUGAAGUGGUUCGACAGGUUAGGUAGCAGUCACCUGUUCAUCAGUGGGGGAGGGGGACCGUGGAGCUGUGAGCUUCUUCUUCUCCUUCCUGCAGAGUUUCAAGGUGUGGCACAAACACAGAUAUGAGAGUUUCAGUCGUUCUCUGACAUGUUUUCCUGCUCUCAAACAAACCCGGAUCUUUUUCUUGCCAAACCUUUAGAUCCAGUGUUUACAUUGACGCUGGUGAAUCACUCCCUCUGCAGCUAUUUUCAGAGACAUUUCAGCGGCUCUCACAUUUGACCCCCUUCAUGAGUGGAGAUGAGUGUGUGAGUCACGCUGAUAAUAGUUUGGAGUCAUGAUGACAUUCAGCAGAGCCGAGCCGAGUUCACCGCAGAGCGAUGAAGAGGAAGAACAGGUCGGACCGGUGCUCUGAAGUCCAGCAGAGACUUAACACCAGAGGAGAAACUCGACUCUGGGAACCGGAGCGUUUGUUUCUCUAAACUCUGUGGAAACUGGUCUGAAAGUGCUGAGCUGUUAGGCUGCAGCCGCCUGCAGAACAUACAUGUUGUUUUGGACCUGUGCAGCAGGGUGCAGCGCAAUUAUGGAGCAUUUCAGGGACGAGUCUGUGCAGGUUUAUCAUACCAGGGCUGGAGGAGAUCCAGUGUGUGUGUGUAUGUGUGUGUUUGGUGUGUGUGUGUGUGUGUGUGUGUUUGUUUGCAGGGAGACACCCUUCAAAAGUCAGAAACUGUAAAGUCUGUUUGUUUUAGCUUGAUUCAGACGCUGCAUCUUCUUUGUGCUGAUCAAACUUACUCUGCUGUGAGACUUAUUUAAAAAGUAAUUUCAUAUUUAAGCUCUAUUUCCAAAACUUAAACUUUACAUAUCUUUGGGUAGAGAGUAAAUGCAUCUUAUUUAAGGAUCAUAUUCUUUCUUUCUUUCUUCUUUAUUGAUCUCAAACUUUAAAAACAACAACUAGAAACAAAAACACUGAACAAAAUUAUACAUAUGUACACCAAACAACUGCACAUGCCAAAGAUAAAUUUACACAACAUAUGUACCUAUGUCAAAAAUAAACAGUUUGAAGAGGAACAGAAUGAAGCAAAGAGCUUAUCCAGUCCUGCCCUUUCCUUGCAAAUUAGAGAUUUAAAAAAGAAUCCCAUUGUAUAAAUUACAAAAUACGCACAUUUUAAAGGGGAUAAAAUGUGAGAAAAUAUGCAUUUUAGUGCUAAAGCUGAGAGUUAUUCUGAAAAGUUUGGGCCAAAAAAAUCAUGAAAAUGUCUGAAAUACUGCUCUGAAAUCCAAGAUGAGAUUGUUUACUGUCUUUGUUUAGUGUUACCAACAGUUUAAAACAUGAAAUUGCUCAAAUAUACGUCAUUUAUACUUCUAAAAAAAAAAGCUAUUUGCGAUAAUCUUUAUAUUUUUGCAUCAUAAAACAAACAAAACUGCACAUGACAAUGAUAGAGAAGUAAUAAAUUAUUUACAGUUUUUGCUCUAAUUCAAAUUUAUGGCAGCACUAACAUCAUUCUUCAAACUUUAACCCUUAAAUGAGUGCACAUAUCCUAUCCUGCAGCUUAAAGCUACUGUUUUUGUUACCUGGAUAAACAUCAGGUGUAGAUUAAAACUGCAGCCUCCUAAUGAUGUAUAAAAGUAAAAAUUACCAUCAGAAAAAAAGGCAGAUUAUUCCUUUAAACUUUAAACUUUAACUGCCUGGAAAUGUAAAUGUCAGAGUCAGUUAUUAAAACAUGCAAAAAAUGAACAAUCUGAUUGUUAUUAGAGAGCAGGGAGGGAUUUACUCAACAAAUCCACCUGAGAAAGAAACUGAAAAAUCACUGCUGUGUCCACAGGGGGGCGCCAAAUUCGACACACCCGAGACUUUAACAGAUGGCGAGCUUUUUAGUAACACAUCCACAUGCUGUCAUUAAUGUGAUUUUCAUUAAAUACAUGAGGCUAAAACAUUUGAUUUGGUUUCCCCUGAAGGUGAAUAACGUGUCUGCGACCCCUGAACCCCUCGCCAUGUCCGAGUACCCCGAGAAGCUGAGGAGCUCCAGGAACCAGCUGGACGACGAGAGCACCAACUACGACAAACCUCCGUACAGCUACACCCCGCCGUGAGUCCUCGGCAGCUUCAUAUUUUUUAAAGAUAUUAAAAUAUAUUUUUAAGAUAUCACAAGAAAAAAGAAGUGCUCAAUAUUAAGUAGAAAUAUCAGCUAAUUUACUCUGAGAUUCUUGGGAUCAGAGUUAUUUAAAGAAACUGACGUGACUGUACUGGUAGAUCUGUUUGCUCAUGACAGGAAAUUCAGGACUUUAUUAUUAACACCUUUAAUAAGAUAUAAAAACUGAUCGGUCAAAUGACACUGAUUUAGUUUAAGUUUCUGCUGUCUGAGAAUAAACCCCAACAUGAUGCCAAUUUAGCUCAGAAAAAAUGACCCAAAAAUGAUCUUUAAAAGUUAAAUAGAUAAAAGAAUAAGACUGUCGAAAGUAUAUUUUACUUCAGAGCGACAAUAACAUGACCAAAAAUUGUUAAUUUUGGUUAUGAAAUGUUAUAAACUAAUAAAAAUAACUUAUGAUGGAGAAAUAAAACAUUAUAACUCUCUGUAUGUUUGCAUGUUAAGGAAAGGCUGAUGCAGGUUUUGAGAGGUGUAUGAUGAGGCUCUGGACAUUUAAAUCCUCUAAUUAUUACACUUGUAUUUCCUAGUGUCAUCCAUAAAUUAUAAAAUCACACCGAAACAGGCUGUAAAGAGAAAAAACUGUUUUUCUCUUUUCCCCCACUUUUCCCCCUGUCAUCAAAAACCUGUUCAGACUCGUUCUGGUUUAGAAAUGUGGACCAGGACGUUCAGUUUGUUGUUUUUCUGCAAAGUUGUAGAGUCAGAAGAAACACCUCUCAGAUUUUCUGUCAUCAGUGUUUAUAAAUCUGAACAAAUAAAAUUCAUGAGCAGCUGUUUUUUUUUCAUGCAACCCUGAGACUAAAUGAAAAACACGAGUCCUGAUUAGAGAGUGAGAAGAAUCUGCAGAAACAGAGAGUCAUUGUUUAACUUCGUGACUUGUUAAAACAGAAGUGAUCGUGAAUCUGAACAGCUGCUUAUCACUUCCUCUGAGUUAUGUAAAGAAAACUGAAGAACAGAGGUUGAAAAACAACAUUUAGAUCUGGAUUUACAGACUGACUCUGACCUCUACAGGCUCAGAUUUGCAGGUCCAAACUUUAAACACAUUACAGAUGCGGAAUAAUCAAACUUUAACCCUCAAUUGUGUCGUCUUUUUGGACAGUACAGAUUUGAUAACAUGUUCCUCAUUUCACAGGCCCAUAGUAGACGACGUGCGUGUGCAGAACGGAGCUCCUCAAGGCGCUAACUCAGACAUACCGAGUUCAGCUGGGAGGCCCAAAAAAAGGCGGCCGCGUCGAGCUGACGGACAAGAUUACGACACGGACUACAACUCUUCAGGAGAUGAGCUGGACGACGAUGACUUCGACAGGUAGGAUGGAAAUACAGAAGCAGAUUUGAGCUGAAGUUAGUAAAGACUUCGAUAAGUCCUGCUUUGAUUGACAGUAAAAGUACAAACUCAUUCAUAUAGUUAAAUUAUUUAAGCAGUUUAAAGUAUUUUUUCUUUGUCAAAGUUGUUCCAGCCUAUAAUUAGAUAUUUAGCAGGGGCAUGUCCAGACUUUUUGGCUGGGGUGACCCCUCCCACUGUACCAAAUAAUUCAGGGGUGGCAAGAAUGGAAAAUUAUUUUUAAUUCACCAUUUUAACUCUUGAUUCUUUCCGUUUUAAGAACAGACACUCACGUAUUGACUACUAAAUAUGUGUAAAUAAUUAUCUGAAAUAAUUUAUAUCAUAUGAAACAGCACAGAGGAGAGCUGCAGGAUUUACUCGUCUGAUCCACUUAUUAAGGGGGUUUUAACAUCUGUUAUCAGUGGUCACCAAAAAAAGUCUGAUGUUUAGCCUUGCUAACAGUGACUGUGUGUCUGCCUGUCAGUCAUCCCUUUAGUUAUACAAAACUAACGACCUUUAUACCUUUUUAGACCUACAAACGAGUUUAUUUUGUCUACAUGAACCAAAACAAAUGGGUGUGUAUAUUGCUUGUGGGCUUUUUGAACUGACUUCUGGUGGACGCUUGAGGAACUGCAGUUUUCGGCACUUCCAAACUGUCUUCAUUCCUUAAAACUGGAUUGUGCGGUUGGUUCAAACACAGCCCACAGUGCUGAUUUUGAUACAAGUGCCGCCCCCGAUGAGAUGAACAACCAAUCAUAUUUAAGGACUCUGGGGUUGUUCCAGGGUGAGCAAAUCAGGUUGUAAGUUGCCUUUGUCUUCUUCUUCCUCUUCUUCUUCAGGGAGUUUCCCCCGAUAGCAAAUGAGCAGGACCGCAAUGACUACAAGCGGGAGUUUGAUCGGGACCACCAGGAGUACAAAGACCUGCAGGCCGAGCUGGAUGCCAUCAACAAGAGCCUGUCUGAUGUGAACCGAGAGCUGGAUUACCUGGAGGAGGGGAGUCCACAGUACCUGGUAAGAGAAGAUCGUAGAUGUCCAGAAAGAGAAAGGUUUAGAAAGUGUGCCUCUUCUGACCCCGUUCACACCUGUGCAGAUAUUUUUGAAAAGUCAGAUUUUUCUCUUUAUUGUGACAAAGAGAAUUUUAAGUCCUUGAAAAUGAAGGUUUUAAAAUGUUUUAAAAACGUCUCUGAUUAAUCGUUGAUCCUUUCUUCUACAGGACGCUCUGGAUGAGUACGACAGGAUAAAGAGCUUGAAGAGGGUACGUGGGAUUGUAGUCCAUGAACCAUUAAAAAACAAUCCAGUUUUAUCUCGAACCUGCUGUCACAGCACAGUCUGAGCAGCUCCUGUUUUUAUUCCUGUGUAACUCACAGGCUGUUGGUUGUGUAACUCAUCAUGUUGUCUCCAUUUAUUUUCCUUCAGUCUCCAGAUUACCAGAUGAAGAAGCGCAGAUGUAAAUAUCUGAAGGGCAAACUCAAUCACAUCAAGAAGAUGGUCAGCGACUACGACCGCAGAGCCUGAACAACCCGACUCCGUUCCAGACAAAGACAGGGGGGGUUAAUUUGAUCCGCCGCCAUUACGACAGCUGGCUGGAGAUGACAGAGCUACGCGAAAGCGUCUUUUAGCUAGUUUUUCCCGAGUUACAGCAAACAAACGUUCUUUUUUGUAUUAUACCGCUGUUUGUAUUAUCGCCUGCUGUAGGUCCUGUUAGCUGUAUUUAUUUGCCAAAGCUAAGUCACGCCUGAUCAUGGAGUUUCUACAAAUGAGACGUAAUCCCAGUUGUUUUUUUUUAAAGCCCUUGAUCAACCUGAGUUUCAUAUUUUUACCGUCUUUUUAAGCCACUUUUUUUAUCAGAAAAUUUAAUGUGUACAUAAGUGGGAAGCUGUGAUUUAAUUUUUCUUAGCAGUUUGUGGAUUUAAAUUGUGUGUUUUGUGUGUUAGGUGUUUUUCUGUGUGUGUAUAUAAAUGAACAAACAGAC